AUGGGCAGCACGCACCUCCACUACCAGUCUGAGUUUAACAACUCUGCUGAGGUUGCAUCUGUAGGGCCAAAGACCGGCCCGGAGGCACAGCGGCAGGUGAACUUGUCAACAAGUCAGCCCUGGACGCAAGUCCCUGCCAGGGGAAACCUGGGGGUCCUGGGGCCUGAGCCGCCGGGGAGCUGCGGCGCGGUUCAGCGCGGCGUGGGUGGGUGGGGUGGGUGCGGGUGCUCCCCGCGCCGGGGCCAGAGGUGGGGCCGGAGCCGGGACUCGCCCUCCCGCUCCCCCGGGGCUGACGCACGCUCUCAUGGCGCGCGCAUCCUCCAGACCUGCCCAGGCCGGAGGGAGGCGGGGGAGGGGAAGCCGACGCAGUUCCCGCACGGGGGGAAAGGGGCCGCCGAAGGCGACCUGCCUGUCACCCGCCGCCGCCGCGGGGGACACGCGAGGCAGCCCUGGAUGGCGGCCCCGACCGCCGGGCGUCCCCUGCUGCAGCCCGCAGCCCGCCCGGCGCGCCCCCGCCCCGGCCCCGGAGGGCAGGUACCUCGGAGCCCCGGCCCCCGGGAACCUCGCGGCCGCGGUCGGAGCGUCCCUGCGGCUCCCUCACCCGACGUCAGCGUCCGCAGAAGGCCAGGGAAGGGGGCGGGGGAGCGCAGGAGCCGGCCCUUCCUGCGGCGGCCGCCGGCAGCCGGAAUCGCAGCCGGAGCAGUCGGUGCGCGCCGCAGCGCAGCGCAGCGCAGCGGCCGGGGGGAGCCGGCGGCCGCGCCUCUGCCGCCCUCCCGCCGCCGCCUCCUUCCCCGGGACCCCUCCCAGCGGGGCCGCAGCACCUGUGAGGCCGGAGGAAGCGGGGCGAAGGCCUCACCUGGCCUGAAGCGGGCCCGGGGACGAGGAGAGUGGGUUUCCCUCUCUCGGCUCCCUGGGGCCUUCCCUGGACCCCCAUUUCCUGGGGUAUCCCCGCUCCGUUCAUUCACGCAGGGUGACCCCGCCCCCGCUCUCCCGCAGGUGUUCCACGUGUCCAUAGCAUUUGCGUCACAAUGACCUGGCCACAGGUGGGAGCUGUAGCAAACGCCCCAGCUUUCCCCGGUGCCUGCCUGGUGCGUGGGUCUUGCUUACAUGUUAAGACUGCUGUGGCUUUAAGGGACAGAUGACUUCGUGGCUACAGUGCUAAGGAACGGAACAGCAUUUGUCACCGGGAAAGAACCAACCCCUUUUUUUUCCUGGACUACCUGCAGUGCACGGACCACGGGAGCAAACGGCUAGGUGCCUCCUAAUACUACCUGAGCUGAUGAACACACUGCCCAGAGUGCCAUCAGGAGACUGCCGAACGCUGGGGUUUAAAGCCAAGGUUGUCUGAACCAGAGACACUUAGCUUAAUCUCCAGGCAGAAACUGGUGUCUGGCCAGAGUGAUGGAGAAAAAGAAUUGAGGGAGAAUACAUUGACAUUCUUAUAGACAGAAACAACGAAAUCCAGUCAUUUGCAACAAAAUGGAGGAAUCUGGAACACAUCAUGCUGAGUGAAGUAAGCCAGUCCCAAAGGGAUAAAUACCAUAUGUUCUCCCUGAUCGGUGACGACUGACUGAACACCAAAAAGGAAACCUGUUGAAGUGGAAUGGACACUAUGGGAAAUGGUGACUUGAUCAGCAUAGCCCUGACUGUUAAUGAACAACUUAAUACAUUAUCCCUCUUAGUAGUUUUUUUGCCUGUUCUACUUAAUAUGACUGGUUUAAUUCUGUAAUUAAUACACAGUUAUUCUUAAGUGUUGAAAUUUAACUGAAAUGUGAUCCCUGUUAAACAUAAGAGUAGGAAUAAGAGAGGGAAGAGAUGUAUAAUUUGGGACAUGCUCAAGCUGACUUGCCCCAAAUGGUAGAGUUAGAAACAUACCAGGGGACUCCAAUUUAAUCCCAUCAAGGUGGCAUGUACCAAUGCCAUCUCACUAGUCCAAGUGAUCAAUUUCAGUUCACAAUUGAUCAUAAUGAAAGGACUAAGAGUCAAAGGGAGCACAUAAGCAAGUCUAGUACCUGCUAACACUAACCGAUAGAAUAAAUAAAGGGGAGAGUGAUCCAACAUGGGAAGUGAGAUACUCAGCAGACUCAUAGAAUGGCAGAUGUCCUAAAUAGCACUCUGGCCUCAGAAUCAGCCCUAAAGGCAUUCGGAUCUGGCUGAAAAGCCCAUGAGAGUAUUUCAGGCAUGGAAAGCCAAGACACUCUGGCAAAAGAUCUCUGUGAGUGAGAUCUCAGUGGAAAAAAACAGGUCUUCAAAGAAGGAGGUACCUUUCUCUGAAGGGAGGAGAGAACCUCCACUUUGACUAUGACCUUGUCUAAACAAGAUAAGAGUCGGAGAACUCAAGGGGCUUCCAUAGCCUUGGAAACUCAUGACUGGAGCAUAGGGGGAUUGCUGAUGCCAUAGACAGGAGUAUCAAUUGGUAAAGUCAACAACAGGAGUCACUGUGCACUUACUCCUCAUGUAGGAUCUCUGUCCUUAAUGUGCUGUGCAUUGAGAUUUAAUGCUAUAACGAGUACUCAAACAAUAUAUUUCACUUAGUGUUUUUAUGGGGGUGCAAACUGUUGAAAUCUUUACUUAAUGCAUACUAAACUGAUCCUCUGUAAAAAAAAAAAAAAAAAAAAAGAAAUUAUCAAUUCCCAACUUGA